AUAAUAUAUAAUAAUAAUUUUAUAUUAUUAUUAUUAUAUUAAUAAUAUUUAUUUAUAUCCAUUAUUGUAUUUCAUCCAUUCACAUUAUAGUCAUUGUACGUUGCUUCAUACUCACCACGUUGAAAUAAAGUUAAAACAGAGUUAAAACAAAAUGAGCUGUGUGGUUGCUUGCCUGACCAUAAUCAAUGCACCACGCAAUUUCAUGCAUGGCAGUUAUGGCCACGACCUACUGGUUAUGUCAUCUAGGUUAUAGCUUGACAAAAGACGGCUGGGAAAAGUGACGUAGCCGAAGCGGGCGGGGGACGUGCCCUCUUCGAAAUUUGGAUGUUAGCAGUGUUAACAUGCAGCCUGCGCAGCACCCUUGCCCCCUCACCCUCCCUGCCUCGGCCAUGUGCAUGCCGCCGCCCCGAAAAAGAAAAAAAAAGAAAUUCUGGCUACGCCACUGUCCGGGAACGCUACAGCCAACUGCGAAGCACAAUGGUGACACAAUCAUAAAGCCCGCGCAAAAAUUAUACCGAUUAAAUCAUGAAUAAAAUGCAUGCUGUCGAUGAUGAUAGGGGAGUCUAAAAUAGCGCAUUCGCACCCUUGCUGGUCUGUACUGUACUGAGCAGUUACCGAACAAAUGUUACCAUUUUGCAAAUAACGCAGUAACUGCAUUUGGCCCCACAGCGCUCACCGGUGGGCUACUGCCAUCUCGUCUAUGCUACCGCCACCACACUCGCGCGCGACUUCGUAGAGAGGACGCUGCAGCGGAAAGCGUGCCCGUGCUCUUGAGCUUCGACGGCAUUACGGCGCGUCAGCGGGGUUUUCAGGGGCACAAGUUGCAGGCAGCAAACGAGAUUUUGGCAUAGUUUCGAUCUCACGACAGCGAGCGACAACUGUGCUGCUCGGAUAUGCGACGCGACCGUGCAGAUAUCGUACCAGACCAAACAGUGGCAAUUUCAGAUUCGUUCCAUUUCCAGCGAAUGUAUUCACCAGUGUGACUGGCUACAAAACCGUGAUGCAGGUAUUUGUGUGCACCAUUAAUCAAACCGUGCCGCGUCCGCGAGCCUCAGAAGCGUAACCCGCAAGGAAACAACCCAUUUCGACACUAGUUCUGUGCGAACCCGAAGGUGGUGUAACCUUUGCUGCCGUCCUGGCGUGUCUCGGUGAAGUGUAGGUACGCAGAGUGCAACUUCAGUGCAGCAUCUGGCCGUUGUUGAUGCUUUGAGAAAGGAAGUGUUGCGAUGUCCGCGAUGACUUGACCACAGCGUGCCGUUGUACUAAAUUACUGCAACCUGAAACCUCGCAUCUAACAACACCCGCACUCGACGUGCCAGACUCAUCACUUGGGCUUCUCAAGAUGCGCGUUUGUUUCGUUCCCAACUGCAAUAGUAGCUACAACUAUAGGUAUUGCAAAGAAAAAGUAACAAUCUUCAGCGUGCCGAGAGAUCCACGGCGCUUUCAAGAGUGGGCUGAGGCAAUUCCCGGAACGCAGCGGCCGCUGACAUCAAGAGACUACGUGUGCGAAAAACAUUUUGCAAGCCACAUGAUGAUGCUGUGCCCUGCAUUUUUCCUGCUCCUCCUCAGAAUUUUGCAGAAAAUGUCAGCGAUGCCGACAAGAUCGUCACGCAAGAGGCACGUAAUUGCGGUGCAGAAAAGAAACAGAUGCCUCGCAAUGUCUCGCCUUGCAGUAACAAUAACAGAGCCAAACGAGUGAGGCUGGAAGCUCUGUGCCAUGAGACAGUGCCAUCAGUGGUGCGGAACAGGAGUGUUGCUGCAGAAAAGUCAGAUAGGGAAGGUGUGUCUGCAGCAAACACCAGUAGUGCUAAAAAGAUCCUUGAGGAAGAUGCAAACUAUCUGGCUGAUGCUGUGAAAAGCACCAAAUGCUGUAGCAUCUUGAUCAAAGAAGAGGUUGAUUUUGCAAGCUGCACACAUGAUGCCAACAGCAUUUUCAAAAAGGAAAGCGAUGAUCGUGUUAAUUUUGCACAAUAUUUCAGUGAUGCCAACAACACUGUCACACAAGAGACACUUAAUUGCUGUGCAGAGAAUAGAAUUUCUUCAAACAUCAGUGUCAAAGAAGAGGCAGGUAAUCAAGCUGACUUUGCAGAAGACUUCGGAAGGGCUGAUAAUAUUGUCACAGAAGAGACACAUCAUCUGGUUGAUUUUGUAGUGAGCACCAGCUUUAGUAGCAUUGUUGUCAAAGAAGAGACACAAGAUAAGGCUGGAUGUUGGGGGGAUGCCAGAAAUGUCAUUGCUCUUGAAAAGGUGGGCAGCCAGGCUGGUUUCUCAAAGGAUCUAAUGGACGUCAAUGCUUUUAGUAAAGAGGUAACCAGCCAAGAUGGUCUUGCAGGGAACACUGGCUAUGCGAACAUAAUCAUCAAAGAAGAGACAGGCAGCCAAGUUGAUUUCUCAAAGGACGCUCCAGACAUUUAUGGUUUUAGUGAAGAGGCAACUAGUCAAGAUGAUUUCACCGAGAACACCAGCAAUGCAAACACAGUUAUCAAAGAAAACAUAGUCAACCAGGCGGGUUUCUCGGAGGAUGCACCGGACGUCAGUGCUUUUAGUGGGGAGGCAGCCAGUCAAGAUGGUUUGGUAGAGAACACUGAUUCUGCAAACACAAUUAUGAAUGUAGUGACAGUAAACCACGAUUGGUUAGAGGAUGUAUGGGAUACUAACCCUUAUGGCAAAGAGGCAACCAAUUGAGAUGGUUUUGCAGCGACCAUCGGCUAUGCAGUCCUAAUUUAUUAAAGAAACAGGAAAUCAGGUUGAUUUAUCCAGA